AUGAAUACAACUUGCGAUUACUCAACUGUUGUUCAAAUUGCCCAAGAAAGAGGAGCUCAAGGUGUCAUUUUUGUGCUGAAUUUGACUAAUUCAAGAUUAAAAAAAGUUUUGAUAUCUCCAGGCAUUCAUACCAAUAUAUUUGUUGCAGGUAUUUCAAAUGGGUAUAUUAAUAUAUGAAGAAAAUUCAAGCAGGGUACAAUAUUGGUUGAAUUCGAUCACGACUGGAUAUUUCAGGAAAAACCAAGAAUUUCGAUAUCACUUACAGGAAAUUAUAAUUAUGAUAACGAAUGAUAUUUGUAUCUAUUUCCUAUUUAUAAAAAUGAUGUGGAUAUAGACUUAUUCUUUAAUUAUUCAUUUUCAUGUUCUGAUUGUCACCCAAAUGACUGUUAUUAUAAUAAUAAAUACUGCAUGAUUGAUGACAUAGAUAAUGCUAAUGGAAGAGAUAUGAUUGAUAGAACACUAUUGGAAAUGGCUUUGUUUGAAUAUACACAAUUACACUCCCUAUAUUUAGGCACUUUUGCUAUAUUUUUACAUGAACUAGGAAAUUCAUGCUCUAGCGAUUACUCAAAGAAUUGCAGUAGUAAUGUUUUAAAUUGGCUAAAAGUUGACUUAGAAGAAAUUCAGAGUAGAAUUGACAUGUCCUGAGAAUCGUAUAAGAAUGAAGAAUACGUAGAUAAUUAUGAACUCAGGAGGCAAUAUAACAGAUGGAUAAAUAAACAAUAUUUUGAACCUAUACCAAGCAUUACCAUAGGUAAUAUUACGCUUGGCUUAGAUCAAGGAUACGGUCUCCAAACAUAUAUAUGCAAUUAUAUUAGAUAUACAUCAUAUGUUUGUGAUGAUACCUGCAGUAAGGAUUGCGCAAUUGACGAUUUAAGCGAUGGCUAUUGUAAUAAAAAUUGUAAAACAGAAUCUUGCUUAUAUGAUAUUCAAGACUGUAACAGUUUUUUUGAUUUUUGUGAUGACUUUCACGAUGAUGUUUGUCGUUAUAGCUCUGGUGGCGAUGAAGAUUUAAGCAAAACUUCUAUAAUACUAAUUGCAGUGUUUAGCUGUGUUGGAUUUUGUUGGUAAUUUUUAUUUAGUUUUGGUUGUUGUUGUUGUUGUUAUUACUUUUGCUAUUGUAUUAAAUUCAUAAAAGAUUACUAUCGGGAUCGAGAAAAUCAGAGCCCUUCAGAAAUCCGAGAGUUUCCUCUGCCUCACUUGCCACCCUCACCUCCCUCACCUCCCUUGCCUCCCUCACCUCCCUUGCCUCGCCCACUUCCCUCACCUUUAUUUCGCCUAUCUUUACCGAUUCGUAGAUAUUUACCUAGAGUAAAUGUUCCAAGCUCUUCUUCUGAUAAUGAUAGUCAAAAUAGUUCUGAGUUUCCUCUGCCUCACUUGCCACCCCCCUUGCCUCCCUCACCUCCCUUGCCUCGCCCACUUCCCUCACCUUUAUCUCGCCUAUCUUUACCGAUUCGUAGAUAUAUACCUGGAGUAAAUGUUCCAAGCUCUUCUUCUGAUAAUGAUAGUCAAAAUAGUUCUGAAGAUGAAAUUGGUUCAGAGAGUAGCAGGCAACUUAACAAUAGUUCUGAGGUUAGAACUAGUAUUCAAAACAGUUCUGAAAAUAAUUCAGAUUAUGGGUUUUUUGGAGAUGCGACUUGCUCAAUUUGCUUUGAUGAAAUCACAGAGGAAAAUAUGAAAAUUACAAAAUGCAAGCAUAUUUUUCACAAAAAUUGCUUAAAGGUGUGGACAGAUACGAAAGGUAGAAAUGCGAAAUGUCCUAAUUGUAAUGAGAAAAUUCGUUAG